AUGGCUUAUGUUAAACCAUUUUUUAAAAGCUAUUAAGAUUUAAACAGUGAUUGUUACUUAGGCUAGCUAGAUAAUAAGGUUUAGCUAUCUCGUCAAGCUUCCAUAGAAUCUGAUUUAAGCAUUAAUGAAAAAAAGAAAUUGAGAAAAGAAUUUGCUGUAAAAAAUUUUUAAAAGCCAAUUAAAAGACUAAGUUUAGAAACAUAACUUUUAUUGAAAAAUCCCUUAAGUCUCAUUUAAAGUCAUAGUUAAAAUCAAAACACAUCAAAUAGAAUCGAUAAUAAUUCUUAAAAUAUUUGUCCUAGUUAACAACUAUAUCAUCCUUAAACAGAUUAAUAAUUUAACACAAAUUUUAAAGUUUAAAUACAUCGAAAAAAUGAUAAUAAUUUGGAGAAGCAAGAUAAAGCUAAGAAAGGGAUACUUCUUAAAAGAGCUUAAAUUGUAGUAAAUGAAAUUAAAAAAAACAUUUAAAUACAUGAAAACUAAAUUAGCUUAGACCAAAAUUGCCAGAUAUUAAAUUAUUUUUAUGAACAAGGUCAAAUUUUUGAUAAAUUUAACCAUUAAUUUGUAUAAAUAAUUGAGUAAGGUAAGUUAAUAACAGAUGAAAUCAAUUACGAAAACAAAUAUGAUCCUGCUGCAGUAAGAACAAUGUCUGCUUUGAAAGCAAAAAGUAUUUUUCUUGUUAAUGGGUUUUAGGAAAAACAAACUAGCAAAUUCCUUAAAGCAGCUGUUAAUAACUCAAAAAUACUUAGAUUUCAAAAAAAUGAUUAUAUUUAUCAUUAAAACGAAGAACCUUUAUACUUUUACUAUCUGCUUAAAGGUGAACUAUAAGCAUAUUCUGACAGUAAAAGAGAUUUAUCUUUCAAGGGAGAUAUUAUAUACCAAAGACCUUUGAUGGAGAAAAAGAAAGGUCAGAUUUCUUUUAAUGAUUUUAAUGACAUAUUAAAUUAAUUUGGAGGUGAAAAUAUUGCUUAAAGCUAACGAUUAGAAAAAAAAAGCAAAUAAAAUAAAAAUUAAUUAAACAAUUUAAACUAAUACUUAGUUAAACUUAAUAAAUUAUAAAAAUCUUAAAGUGAACACUCUUCUAUUAGAUAAGAUUAACAAUAGAAUUAAUAAUUAGAUAAAAAAAUAAACAAAUAAAAUUAAUGCACUGUUGAGCUUCAAGAUAAAACUGUUAGAUCUCUAUAUUAUGAUUAGUUUGACGAAAAACAAAAAGGAUAGUCUAAAUUAGAUCAAUUGAUUUAGAUGAGCUUUCAUUUAGGUUAUAAGAACACUCAUUAAAUUAAUAAAUUAAAUGAGAGAGCCUUAAAAAAUAAAUAUGAUAUUAAACCUUCUAACUCUUUACUCUAAAACCCUUUCUAUUAAAAAAAUCCUUAAAAUUCAAGACAUAGAAUAUAAUAAUUUGAUUUAAGAAGAAGAUUUGAUAAUUACACAUUUAGGCUUGAUAAAAGUGAGAGAAGUUCCUAAUCAAAAAAGUAGCCUAAUAGAAAGAAAGUUUUAUAAUUUUUAGAGGGAUAUAGUCAAAGAUCAGAUGAAACCUCUAGUUCUUGUGAUCAAAUUUAAUAUGAAAUAAAUAAAUCUCUUAAAAAAUCGCAAUCUAAUAAAACUAUUAACAUACACACAUAAAUAAAAAAAUAAAUAAAUAACCUUGUUACACCAAGAGAAUAAAAGUAAUUUAAAACAACUCUUUAAUUUUACAGCAAUCAGCAGAGGAUUUAAAAUGAGAAUUUAAUGUAAGAAAAUACAAAUUAGUAUUUUUUAAAUCCUAACAGCUAAAUAAUUUAAAAUUCUCAAGAAAAUCUCCUUUAAAUUUUGGAGAAGCCUCAUUAAACUGAACUUAGAAAUAGAAUUUCUUCAUUUAUUAAACAAAAAAGUUAAAUAAAAAUUUCUUAGAAAUAAUCUGAUCCCUAAUUGAGAAUAAUUUAAUCUUCCUUAUCGCAAAGAUAAAAUAAACUGAAAGUAGAUCAUUUAUAGUAGAGCCCAGUGUUUAAUGCUUCAUAAUCUUAAAUAUACUAAAUAUAGAAUAAUACUUCACGUUAAAUUUAUUUAGAUAACUCAAAUAAGUUUUAAUAUUUUUAGAGUGGUCAGUAUGUUGAUGGAGGAGACUCUCAAGAUUAUUCAUAAAUUUUAUAAUUAGAUAAAACGAAUCAAAAUUAAACAUAAUCAAACAAAACAUAGAAUUCUUAUUUUUUAAGAAAAAGCUAUUCUGAAAAAAGUAAUUAAUUUUUAAAAAGCAUACUAAAUAAUGAGUAAAAGAAAUAAGAGAAAUCAGCUUCAAAAAACUUUAAAGAUAGUCUAAAAAAAACAGAAUAAAUAAACGAAAUUUUAAAUAUUACAAAUAUAUCUAGGAUAAACUAAUCUAAUAACCUAAAAACAUAGGAUUCUCUUUAAGAUUACCUUAAAAUUUCAUAAGCUUUUGACUCACCAAAAUAAUCCAAAGUUAAUUAAAUAAAUAAUAUUAAAUGA